CACCCACAAGCUCGACAGUGACAUAUACUCUUUUAUUGGAGGUCAACAUGUCCCCGAUUAGAUAAAAAAAAUGCCAGUAACAUUUGGGAGCAGAGAGGAAUUUAGUGGCUUGGGAGCGGUGUCGCCGAGAACUUAAUUACAGCUUUGCUCUUUGUUCUAUACGGUAGAGGAGGCCAGGAGGCGUGGGCGUUGAAGGCCUUCUCGCACGGCGGCAAGUCACCGCUCAAGUAAGCUUCACAGUAUAGCGGCGGCAAUGUUGUGCGGCCGGCGCUGUGGAUUGGGCUUGCAGCAAUGAAAAAUGUUUGGUUAACUGUUCGGGCAGUGUGGAAGUCCUCAUGAAUAACUAUCCACAUUGUAAUAAGUCAGACUCACAAAACUUCAUCUUCUUUCUCUACCAAAUUGAUACUUUAUCACCAAUUUAGCAGACAGAAAGCAAGAAAAGAACAUGUUCAAGCUCAUUCCAAGGGAGCUCUCAAUCUCAAGAUCAUUCCUUUUACAUGCAUUUAACAGGAAAUUCUCUAUCCCAUCAGAGAGGCGACUUGAAGGUAAGGUAGCCUUGAUUACUGGAGCCGCAUCUGGUAUUGGGAAAGCAACUGCAACCAAAUUCAUCAGCAAUGGCGCUAAAGUCGUCAUUGCAGACAUCCAAGAGCAGUUGGGCAGAGAUACUGCCACGGAGCUCGGAGAAAACGCUGCCUUCAUAGCCUGUGACGUCUCCGAAGAAUCCGACAUCUCCUCCGCCGUGGAUUUCGCAGUGUCUUGCCAUGGUAAACUCGACAUCAUGUACAACAAUGCUGGCAUUCCGUGCCGGACCCCAUUUAGCAUUGUUGACUUGGACAUGACAGAGUUUGACCGUGUGAUGUCGAUCAACGUUCACAGCGUGGUGGCGGGGAUCAAGCACGCUGCCCGCGUGAUGAUCCCACGCCGUUCGGGCUCCAUAUUGUGCACGGCCAGCGUGACAGGGGUAAUGGGAGGAUUAGCACAACACACAUAUAGCAUAUCCAAGUCCUCUGUCAUCGGAAUAAUGAAAUCUGCCACAGCUGAACUAUGCAAGCACGGGAUUCGGGUGAACUGCAUUUCGCCUUACGCCAUUCCAACGGCCUUUUCGAUACCGGAAAUGAAGGAAUACUUCCCCGACAUCGAUGAUCAGGUGCUUGCCAGAAUGUUACACAAGUCCGGGGUGCUGGAAGGAGCUCGUUGUGAACCUAGUGACAUUGCCCACGCCGCUGUUUAUUUGGCCUCCGACGAUGCCAAGUAUGUCAGCGGACAGAAUCUGGUGGUUGACGGUGGUUUUACAUCAAUCAAAACUUUGAACCUCCUCAUGCCUGAUCAGAUUCAAUAAGCUGCAUGUUGAUCUGAAGACAUAUAUUGAAAGGGGGAUUUCACUAACACAUACCAUCUUCUUGAAUUACAAUAACCAUGCCUUUAUAUCACGUCAAAUAUAUAUGAGUAAUUUACUCUUUUUUUUUUUUUGCAAUAAAAAGAUUUAACUAGCAUUGAUCAAAU